GAAUUUAUAUCCAAUCACCAAAAGCAACCAAAAGGUACCCCCAAAUGGAACGGGGUUUGCGACUUUGUUCAAACUCCGACGUAGAAGCAUACCCACGUGUCGAUCGUCUAUUGGCUUUCUUACCUACACCGUGUCACCUGCCUUCAUCGAUGUUCAAUCACCACUCUUCUUCUCCUCCUCCGUAACACAACCCCAGAUACACGCCCUCUCCCUUCAUGGCGUUGAGAUCCCGCCGCCGUGAGCUGUCCUUCGAUAUCCUAGCGACCGAAUUCGACGACGUCAUGUCCACCGCCACCGUGUCUCGCUCAAUUUCCGAUCCCCUCGCUCUCCAGAGCGACGCCCUUUCGUCUUCCCCUCGCCGGAAAAAGAAGAAGAAGAAUAAAAAAAAGAGCACCAGUGGGAAAACCACCCUGCAGCACUCCGUGGUUUGCGGAACAUCUGCGAUCAACGGGGAUGUGAAUCACAGUUGUACGGCGAGCACAAUCACGGAGGCUGCCGUGUUACCUGAUGUCGAGAGCGAGGGAAAUCAUCGAGUGUAUAUGGUGGCGUCGCCGUUUGGGGAGCUCAGGCAGAGGAAUGUGGGUAAUGCGGUGAACGGAGGGAGUGUGGAGAUAGCGAUUGAGGAGAGCGUAAGUAGUAAAAAUGAUAGGAGUAUAAAGGAAGAAACAGCGGAGGAUGUGAGUAAUGUCAAGGAAGUCAAUUCGGAGCACCGCAGAGUGGAAUUGAACGGGAGGAAAUUGGAGAAAGAGGGGACCCUAGAUUGGAAGCGACUGAUGGCUGAAGAUUCAAGUUACACAUUACCUCUGGAGAAGUCACCAAUGAAAUAUUUCAUGGAAGAAAUGUAUGCUGGAAAUUCCUUAAGAAACACUACCAUCCUUGGCAAUGAGAAGGAACGGGAGCGAGUGUACGAUACCAUAUUUCGUUUGCCAUGGCGUUGUGAACUGCUUAUCAAUUUUGGGUUCUUUGUGUGCUUUGAUUCAUUUCUCUCACUCUUAACCAUCAUGCCGACUAGGAUCAUCAUCACCUUUUGGAAGCUUCUUAAAACCAGGCAGUUUAAGAGACCUUCUUCAGCAGAGUUGUCUGAUUUCGGCUGUUUCAUUGUGCUGGUUAGUGGAGUCACUGUAUUACAACAAGCAGAUAUCAGCUUGAUUUAUCACAUGAUCCGCGGCCAAGGGAUCAUUAAACUCUAUGUCGUGUACAAUGUUUUGGAGGUAUUUGAUAAAUUGUGCCAAAGUUUUGGUGGUGAUGUUAUGCAAGCUCUAUUUAAUUCGGCUGAUGGACUUGCAAACUGUUCGCCAGAAAACAUGCAAUUUUGGCUAUGGAGAUUUAUUUCAGAUGAAGCCUUAGCUAUUACUUCUUCGAAUAUCCUUCUCAUCAUUAUACUUCUAAGUUUUAAUGCUUCUAGUUGUGCUCAGGCCAUCACUUUGUCGACAUGUAUAGUUGCUCAUAAUAAUGCGCUGUUCGCUAUGCUUGUGUCCAACAAUUUUGCCGAGAUCAAAAGUAAUGUGUUCAAACGAUACAGCAAAGACAAUGUCCAGAGUUUGAAUGCUUUGGUAGUUUACAUGUGUGAAGUGAUGAUUGAUAUAAUAAAACACUCAUUCAUUGCUAAAUUCAAUGACAUAAAGCCCAUUGCAUUCUCUGAAUUUCUCGAAGACCUUUGCAAGCAGAAGUUAAAUAUGGAAACAGAGAAUGGGAAAAAGAGCCUCCUAACUUUUGUUCCUUUAGCACCAGCUUGUGUGGUAAUCCGUGUUCUUCGACCAGUUUAUGCGGCCCAUCUCCCUUACAAUCCACUCCUGUGGAGAAUUUUUUGGAUUUUGGUGUUGUUGGCCAUGACCUUUGUGAUGCUUGCCAGCCUUAAGGCAUGUGGAAAAUUGAAAGUACUUGAUAUAUGGAGAAGUUGGUGGAAAGCUAAAGAUCUUUUACAAGAUGGAUGCAAGUCUAUGAGGGUAAACGAUCUCAUUGCUGAGAAUGGGAGACAUUGGGUGGAGCCAAAGCUACAACAGUUGGAUCUUGCAGAAGGAAGUGAUACAACAAUAAGAGAACGAAUGAUAAGGAAGAGAAGCUGGCAACAAAGGAUAGAAAGUAAACUCAAACACUUUGUCUGGAAAUGCUAUAGUAAUGUUAAUAUGAGGCAGAGAGAAAUGCUAGUAGAUGUGAUGUGCAAAGGCUGUGUUUGCUGGGAUGGGGUACUAACUGAGUUAUGCAGAUUUCGAGACUGGUGGGGUAACCUAUGUGCUGUUGAUAAAUCUGAGACUUCAGUUGCCAGGAUGCAGUUGACAACAUAUAUAUUAUGGUGGCUUUGGAAGACUCGAAACCUGUGGCAGUUUGAAAAUAUUUGGAGGUCAGAGCAGAGCACAGUCAAUGCAGUAGUUAGAGCUUGGUUUGAGUUUGUGGAGGUGGAGCUAGUGCUAAAUGAACUUGAAGCAGAACUAGGUAGGUAUGAGGCUCAGUACAGUGGCUAG